ACUGGCUGAGGGAGAAAUGUUUUUGGUAGCAAGUCAGAGAUCGAUGUCCCACAAAUUGACUUAAUAUUUUUGCCUCUUUUUCUAAGUCUAUCGUGUCCAGACUCCCAAAAUGUCCUCCAAGAACGUGGUGGUGACGCUGGAGCUGGGUCACCGUGCCACUGUCAGGCAGCAGCGAGUUGGGGGCUUCACACAUGACUGGGAGGUGUACGUACAGGGUGCCAGUGGGGUGAAGCUGGAGCAGUUUGUGGACAAGGUGGUGUUUACGCUUCACAAGUCCUUCAACAAGCCCAAGCGAGUGAUCAAGUCCCCACCAUACAGAGUCAGUGAAAAAGGCUACGGCAGCUUCAACCUCCCUAUUGAGAUUUACUUCAAGACAAGCCACCCGUCCGACACCAGGAAGACACAGUUUGAGUACGACCUAUUCCUGCAACAUGUGGAGCUGCCGCCCAUCAACCACCAUCGGAAGGAGAAACUGACCUUCCUUAAGCCUUCGGAGGAAUUUAAACGCAUCCUUCUACAGGGUGGCGGGGUACUGGUGUCGGGUCAGGAGGACUCGAGCGUUGGGGACAAGAUGGCUGUGGCGCGGCCGUCCAGCGGUGCCAAAAUAAAGCCCCACUCCACGUCUGUCCACCACGGCCAGCAGCAGCAGCAGCAGCAGGACCAGCACUCAGCCAAUACCAACGCUAAGAGACACAACAAGCAUCAAGUCAGCAAGGACGCACGUGGCCGGCCGGAGGGAGGCGGGACAAAAGCCUCGGACACAUUCUCUGCAUUAUUUGGCGAACCCAUCAAGAAAGUGGCAGAGACAAGGCGUCCGAAGACCUUAAAGGAAAAACCACCUGCCGCCCCUCCUGCCCCUGCCCCCCAGCCCACUGACAAGCCCCCUUCCACCGCUUCCCCUGCCACCGACAAGUCCUCGCAGCACAAGGAGAAGAAAUCAGGGGAGAAAAAGAAGGAGAGACACAAGGAGAAGGCAUCAGAGAAUAAGGAGAAAGAUCGCCAGACUCACAAAUCCCCAUCGAAGAAGAAGGAGGACAAGAAGAAGAGGGAGAAGGACACCAAACACCACACACAACACCACAGGGAGAAGGAGGGGUCUUCACAGCCACAGCCACCACCACCACCACCACCACAGCCUACACAGCCGUCACAGCCACGCCGCCCCCAUCCUUCCCCACCAGCCAAGCGCCCCCUUUCGCCGCCCCCCAAGCCAGAGGUGAAGAAGAAGAAGGAGGAGGGAAGGACAGAAGACUCUCGGGAUAAGAAGAAGAAGAAGGAGAAGGAGAAGAGGAGGGAGAAGAAGGAGGAGGAGAGAGAGAAGAGUGAGAAGCAAGUGAAGAGUGGAGGAGGAAGGGAGGAGAGGGCAGGGAGUAAAGGGGAGGACAAGAGGGAGAGGAAGGGAGGAGGAGACCAUAGGAAAAAGGAACCAACACCUUCUCUUCCUCCUCCUCCUCCUCCAGUCAAGGAGAAGAAGAAGGAGAAGCCACCCCCUGCUCCUCCUCCUCCACCUCCUCCUCCUCCUCCUCCACAACCUCGAUCUCGCUCCUCCUCCAAGUCCUCCUCCCGCUCUCCCUCCCCCUCCCUCUCCUCCUCCCGCUCUCCCUCCCCCACACGCUCCUCCAAGUCUUCCUCCCGUUCUCGCUCCCCCCCUUCCCCGCCCCCUCGCUCCCCCUCCCGCUCCCCUUCCCCCUCCAGCGGGUCAGAGAGGUCACGCUCCAGGUCGAGGUCACGUUCCAGGUCAAGGUCAAGAUCCAGGUCAAGGUCAAGGUCAUUCUCUCGUUCAAGGUCGUCCUCCACCUCAAGACAAGUCCGCCGGUCGGCCUCCUCCUCCCCCCAGCGCUCCCCCUCCAGGUCACCCUCUCGCUCCCCGUCCUCCUCCUCCAGUGGCAGCUCCCCCCCCAGGCCCAGUGGUGAGGCAGCUGGCACCCCUGGCACUGGUGGUGGUGGUGGUGGUGGCAUUCACCCCCUUAAGCACCUUAUUACUGGAAUGAGCUCUUCCUCCAGUGAGAGUGAGGCACACCCAGACCCACCCCCUCCAGCCCCUCACCCCUCCAGCGAUGACGAGCCAGCCCCGACCCCUGCCCCACCCCCUGGCAAGGACACACCCCGCCCUGCCAAGCGAGAGGCACGGCGCGCUCCUGCCAAAGAACGCAAGAAACGAAGGUCACAACAACGCGACACCACAGCUCCACCAGCACCCACACCUCCUCCUGCCCCUGCCACACCACAGGACACCACCACAGCGGCGAGUGGUGGGGCUGUGGGGGGUGUGGCUACUGGUGGUGGGGCACAGCUGCAGCAAUUGGUGGAGCUGCAGCACAAGAUUAUGUCCUCUGGUGACCGGCGACGGCUGCAGCAGGUGGUGGACAUCAUAGCUCAGCACUCAGCCUUCCACCUCACCAGGGCACAUUUCAGCUUUGACCUCUGCUCCCUCAGUGACCAGGUGGUGAAGGAGCUGCAGGCCUGCUUCUCAUAAGACUCCAACACCACCACCAUCACCACUUCAAUGUCACCAACACAGUCUCACACACACACACACACACACACACACACACACACACACACACACACACACACACACACACACACACACACACACACAGUCUCUCGCUCUCUCUCUUGUCUCUUCCUGCUUUCCUCUGUCUUACUUCUACUAAUUCACCACACAAUGUUAUCUUAUUUUUCUCUCCACCUUACUCGUAUCUCUCCUCCAUAUCUCCCUCCACAAGUUACCUCCACACUUCUCCUCCACCACACUCCUCCCUCAAUGUUUCCUCCACCUCUCCACUUCACUAAAUACACUCUAUUGCACUUUUUUCCCUCCAAAAACACACUUUCUUCAGACACUAUUUCCUCACACUCAGCCAUUUUUCUCUCCACCUUACUCUAAUCUUUCCUCCAUAUCUCCCUCCACAAGUUACCUCCACACUUCUCCACCACACUCCUCCCUCAAUGUUUCCUCCACCUCUCCAUCUCACCAAACACACACUAACACACUCAAUUAUCUCUCAAAGCAGCCAUAAAUGAAUCUCACAACUUGGUAUGCAAGUUAGGAAGUGUGACAGAAGGGUGUGUGUGUCUGUAUGUAUGUCUGUCUCACUGCCAUAUUAAAAUUAAGUUUGUUUUGUUUUCUCUAUUGUAAGUACAUGACACAAAUUAUUAUUAUUAUUAUUAUUAUUGUCAUUAUCAUCAUCAUUGUUGUUUUUUCACCUCAUUUUGUGUAUAGCAUAAUUGUGUGUAUGCGUGUCUGUAUAUAUG